AUGCCCGGUGUGCAUCUUCGGCCCGCCUGCGCCCAGGACCUUCCCGGCAUUGCUGAUCUGGCCGCACGGGCCAUGCUGGAAGAUGAACUCUUCGCCUACCUCUGCCCGGGCCGGUAUGAGCAUUACUCGCAUUUCCGAUAUGCCUUUCUCCGCCGUUUGAAGACGCGGCUCGUGACUCCACGCUAUGUGAUGAUAGUCGCGGUGGAGAAUGAGGGGUCUGGCGAGUCGAUCUGUGGUGUGGAUCCCCACCGACUGGAGCAAUACCUGGCUUCUGCGGUGGACUGCUUUCCCUUUUCGGAUUUUCCACAAAAUUGGUUCUUGUCAACCGUCGCCGUCGAUCCUGUCCAUCAACGACGCGGGAUAGGCCAACAGUUGAUACAAUGGGGCCUACAGCAAGGACUACAGGACAACGUCCCCGUGGGGCUGGAAGCGAGUCUAAAGGGGUUUGCUCUAUACGAAAGAUUGGGCUUUCGGACAGUCAAUGAGCUGGAACUUAGGCCAGGCAUCAUCAUGCGCGCCAUGAUAUGUGACACAAAUACGCUUUCUAAUAUGAAUCAUUCAUGA